CGCGCUGAUAGCCGCGCGGGUCCCGUCCCGCACAAAUUACACGCAUCACCAGACGAACUCAUAAACUGUUUACUACCCAAAAUUAGUUCACGAAACCUGGCGUAUUUCUCCACCUUUUACCUAUAGAUCUUGUAAAAAUUGUCACAUCAACAAAUACUAUUUAACUGUUGCGGCAGGAAAAAAUAAAGUUAUUGUAAUUAAAGUUACAUUCGUGAAUAAACUUUUAAAGUUUAUCUUAGUGUUAAACUAAAAAAAAUCAAAGGUUGUUUGUGGUUUGUGAUAAAAAAUGAGACGCUACAUUUUAGUUUAUUGGAUACUAAUUGUUAUAAUUUUCAGCAAAGGUGCAUCGUGUUGUGACGAAGAAUAUAACCUAAUCCGGCACCUGAUGCAGAGGUAUGACGCAUCAGUUCGGCCCGUGGAAAACUCCUCACACCCCCUGCUUGUGACCUUCGGUGUGUCGUUGCAUCACAUUAUUGAUGUCGAGGAAAAAGACCAGCUAUUGACCACUAACUGCUGGAUCACGCAGAUAUGGACGGAUUAUCAUCUAAGAUGGAAUACAAGCGAUUUCGAUGGCAUCAACGUCAUAAGAAUACCCUACGAGAGAGUGUGGAAACCAGACAUUAUAUUGUAUAACAAUGCAGAUCCUAACUACCGUUCUGCGGUGAUCAACACGAAUGUGAUAGUGAAGAACACUGGUGAAGUGACGUGGCUCAGUCACGGUAUAUACGUGUCAGUGUGCGAUAUCAACGUCGAACAGUUCCCGUUCGACGUCCAACUGUGCACUAUGAAGUGGGCUUCGUGGACUUAUGACGGAUUCCAGUUGGACCUAAAGAAGCAAUUCGACGAGGGUGACACUACAAACUACCAAACGAAUGGAGAAUUCGACCUAGUGAGCUUUGAUGCGAUCCGACACAACGAGUACUAUUCUUGUUGCGUGGAGCCCUAUCCCGAUAUUACCUACAUCAUUAAGCUACGAAGACGCCCUAUGUUUUACGUCUUCAACCUCAUUCUUCCUUGUCUUCUCAUUAAUGGAAUAGCUCUGCUAGUAUUCUACGUGCCAUCAGAGUCGGGCGAGAAAGUAACCCUGGGCAUAAGCGCUCUGCUCUCAAUGACAGUCUUCCUUAUGACGAUACGAGACACUCUCCCUCCAACGGAAAAGACACCACUUAUAAGUCUUUACUAUGGAGUCAGUACGUGCUUAGUAUCCUUUUCAGCGUCGUUGUCCGUUGUGACCCUCAAUAUAUCUUACAGAGGAGUGAGAGGGCAGCCGGUGCCGGCGCUCGUGCGCGAGCUCGUGCUGCAGCGCCUCGCGCGCUUGCUCUGCAUCAAAUUCGACACUGACGUCACCAAGGGUGACAGCAACGGCGUGGCGGUGAGCUCUGGCGUGCAAGUGAACCCGAGGACAGGUUCGCGACUGAAAGCCGAAGUACAGUGCGAUGGGCCAGCGUUGGCUGCCUCGCCGCGUUUCGCUCGUCACAAUCACAACCACCUCAAUCGUGGCCCUGCAGCGGCGAACUCAGCUGCCAACGAGGCGAUGGUACCAGCCGUGUGCGCGGGCGCGUGCACGCGGUGCGCGUGCUGCGGCUGCACGCUGCGCGACGCAGCCGCGCGGCACGAGCAGCGCGUUGCGGCCAACGAGCGCAUGGAACGCGCUAAUCUGGAGUGGAAACAGGUGGCUGUUGUUGCUGACCGCGCACUUCUCGCAGUGUUCGUGCUAGUGACUACUGCCGCCACUGCCGCCAUUCUACUGCCUCAGCUGAACAACCUUCACGUCGGAAAUACGCCGUUAAAGCAUCCCUCUUAGAGGACUCUGUUUUAGACUUAGAGAUUAAAACUAUCUGAUUUCAACAUCAACGACUUAAGGCUCAAAGUA